AUAAAGAGCAGAAAGGCUACGUCAAUCGUCUCGACUUUAAGGUAAAUAAUAUUACUGCCGAAACAGUCGAUCAUCCCCAGCAUAUCGAUAUUGUUAAGGUGAUAUUACCUACUCCCCUGCCACCUGGGGCAAAGAUUACAAUCUCUACACCUUUUCAUGUACGACUGCCGUAUAAUUUUUCCCGUGGGGGUCAUGAUGGCCAGAGUUACCAGGCAACACAGUGGUACCCCAAACCAGCGGUAUAUGACCGGGAAGGAUGGCACCCGAUGCCUUAUCUCGACCAGGGUGAAUUUUAUAGUGAAUUCGGCAGUUUCGAUGUCCGUAUAACAGUACCUGCGAACUAUGUAGUGGCCGCUACAGGUGAAUUGCAGGAUCAGCAGGAGAAACAAUGGCUGGCCGCGCGGCAGUCAUUUAACUGGACACCGGUAAAGAAAAAAAUAAAACUGAAAAGCGGGAGUUAUAAAACAGUAUAUGAUGAAUUCCCCCCGUCUGCUAAUGACAUAAAGACGGUACGAUUCACACAGAAUAAUGUGCAUGAUUUCGCAUGGUUUGCUGAUAAACGAUUUAUCGUUGACCAUGACACCUGCCAGCUCGCAUCCGGCCGGACAUUUCAAAGUUUAACAGCAAACGAUUCACCAAAGGCCUGGGCUUCUGAUAUGGCAGCGAGUGACGACAUACGAUUCGUGCAACAUGAUUCUAUCGACCUGCAAAAAUGGGAUCGCUGUAUCAAUGAAGCAUCCAACGGGCUGGUUUACGUCUCCAGUUUUUACCUCGAUCACAUGGCUGCCCACUGGGAUGCAUUGGUCAUGGGUGACUAUGCAGUUGUAAUGCCGCUUACGUGGAAUAAAAAAUAUGGCAUUCAUUACCUGUACCAGCCUUUCCUUGUGGCACAAGGAGGUAUUUUUGGGAAGAAUAUCACGCCAGACACUAUCACAUCAUUCAUCGAAGCGAUACCCAAAAAGUUCAGGCUGGUUGAAAUUUCAAUGAACACGGGUAAUCUGUUUAACAUUACAUCGAAACAAGGGCUGCUACGGGUAAACUAUGUACUCGAUCUUAAAAAGCCCUACGACCAGCUUUAUGCCGGUUACCGCGAUAAUAUCAAACGAAAUAUCAGGAAAGCACUCC